AUGCUCAUUUUGGCAAUCAGAAGACCGAAAUUGCUGAAGUUUUUCAAGUCCUUCAAGUCUCAUUACCGUUCUACGAUCAAAACCGUGCUCGCAUUCCUCCUCUUACUCGUUUCCACUCAAGCCGCAAAGUUUCCACCCAAUUUCAAAAAAUGCAACCGCAAAGACCCAAACUCCGCCAAGUGCAUUUUGGAAGCCGCCCAAUUCGGAGUCCUUCAAGCUAACAAAAAUUACCCCCAAAUCGGCCUGGCCAACUUAGCACCCCUAGAAAUCGUGGAACUGAAAAUAGGAGCUGGCUCCCACGCUGUCGUGAAUGUGGACCAAAAUUUCAAAAAUUGUAAAUUGUAUGGGUUCGAGAAGGCGAAAAUUCGCCAGUUUGAAUUUGAUUUUGAGGAGAAAGUGUUAAGGAAUAGAGGAACGGUUCCAGAGGUUAAGAUGUUGUGCGAAUAUGAACUAAAUGGGAAGGUUUUGCUUCUGCCCAUCGUGGGAACAGGACCCAGCACUGUCAUUUUAAAAAAUUUACAGAUAACCGCUCACUUCGAGUUCGAAUAUGUCAAAAAGAAUUGAAAAGAAUAUAUUCAUUUUAUUUCCAACAAGGUGACUUUGGAUCCCGAGUUCGUUUCUUUCAAUUUCGAAAAUUUGUUUAACGGCGAUAAGCAACUAGGGGACAAUAUUAAUAAAGUUUUGAACGACAAUUUCAAGGAAGUGUACGCUGAUGUUCAGCAAGGGUACGAGAAAGGUCUGGGUUUAAUAAUUCAGCAAAUUUUGAACAAUUUGUUUUCGAAAGUUUCGAUGGAUGAAGCUUUCGAUUAAUU